GAAAACGUUACUCAGAAUUGACAAUAUUAAUGUACAUAGACGUGGUUCAGUCUGCAACAGACACUGACUGCAGUUGAUUCGUCCAAACAUUGAGCGAAUUUUCGGAUCGGGAUGAUCGAGUUGAAUGAUGACAGAAAUUAUUUCAUCAUCGAUCAGGUGGAAAGGAUGAUAAGGGAACGAUGGAGGAUAAUUAAAUGCACGACAAAGUACGGAUGGCUGAUGGCUUACUAUCAAGGAUCUAGAAUAUCUCAAGAACGAAUGAAAAUAUUAAUUAAUCUCGCUAAUAAAAUUGGCCAAAGAAAUUGUGAAAUUGCAGUCGCCAGAAUUCGAAAAUUAUCGUAUGAAAUUCACCCAAAUCAAAUUCCAAUCGUUGCUGAAGCCAUCUUGAACGAAAUAUACACAAUCCUAAUAUUGAAGCAAAGGAGAGAGUUUCGAUGGGAAAUGAAACGCCUGAUACCAAAGCCACCGACAGUGUUUACAAUUUCCAACGAUAUAUUUUGAAAGCGAGUAAUACAUUUGAUUGACAAUGACUCAAGAGUUCCUUCCGCAAAAUAUAUAUAAAUGAAAAAUAAAUGAAAGUAAUGAAUUUUUACAUCUCUCAAUGGGAUAAAAACGGACCUAAAAAACUAAAUUCUCUUCGAUCUUCCAAAGAGUUGAAAAAAAAAGUAAUCAUCUCAUGCCUUCGUCUACAAAUCAACGCAAACAAAAUAAAAUAAUGAGUAUAGUCGAAUGUAAUAAAGUAAAAUACACUCUUGUAGGCACUCACGAUUGCAAUAAACAUGUACAAUGAA